AUGAAUAAACCAUACCCUAAGACAGUUGGAGGAUAUUCUAAAUAGAUAAUAAUGUCUAUCAGUUGUAUAAUCAAUCAUAAAGAUGCUAUAUUCAGAAUUUGUCAAUGGACAAAUAAGAGGAAGCCAAAUGUUUAUAUCUAUGCUCCAAUUAGCCUAAGUAUAAUUGGAGGAUUAUAUGUAAAAUACUGUUUUAUUGAUUAUUUAGGUCCAUAAAAAAAAGAGAUAAGUUUUGGGAUUCCAUUUUUGAUUCAAGACAUGUCCAGUGGAAGUUUUAUUAAUGUAGACCUUAUAAAUCCCAAAGAUGAUAAGAGCAAUGAGUUUGGGGUGGUCUUAAAGAAGAAUAUUGAUAACACUUCUUUAUGGGUGGUGUUUAAUAUGAAAUGA